AUAGGUUCAGCAAAGGAAUUCACAAGAUGUAAUGUAUGUGUUAGGCUUGAUUGUGGCUGAAACCCCCCCAGAAGCCUGGAGCCUCCCUCAGUACCUGGACUGCUAUUGUGUAAUGGAGCACAGAGGGUUUGUCCUGCUUACUAUUUUCAGCCUAGAAGGCAAAACGGGGUGGCGUGAGAAUUUACCAAGAGGGACGAGUUCCUGUCAAUAUAAAUUUCUUUUCUGGGAACUGAUUCACCUGGACUCCCAAGAUUCAAGAUGUUUUCCAUCGCUGGCGUUCUUUACCAUUCAUCCUGGACGUUCAAGGCUGGCAGCUCUGGUCUCAUAUCAAAAAAGCAGGAUCUUGAUGUCACGCUCACAUCUAUCAGAUCCUAGAGACGGCAAUCUGUAAGGGGAUCGGGCUUUAAACCACAUCAAAUUGGACUGACUUGGACAUCGUACUUCAUCUUUUGGAACGUCGGUCCCUCCACUGAAAACAGAAACAAUUUAUAGACAAGAAACAUAGAGACCUGACCGCAGUCAUGGCAAGCAAGCCCAUCCUUCACUAUUUCCAUUCCCGGGGCAGAAUGGAGUCUGUCCGCUGGCUCCUGGCUGCAGCUGGAGCAGAGUUUGAAGAAAAAUUCAUUAAAACACAAAAAGACUUGAAAAGGUUAAAAAAUGAUGGGAGUUUGAUGUUCCGGCAAGUGCCCAUGGUGGAGAUUGAUGGGAUGAAGCUGGUGCAGACCAGAGCCAUUCUCAACUACAUCGCCUCCAAAUACAACCUCUAUGGGAAGGACAUAAAGGAGAGAGCUAUGAUUGACAUGUAUACAGAAGGUACCAUCGAUCUGAAUGAGAUGAUUAUCCGCUAUCCUUUCCUUCCACCUGGGGAGAAAGAUGCAAGCCUUGCCCAGAUCACACAGAAAGCAAGAAAGUGUUAUUUCCCUGCCUUUGAAGAGGUGUUGAAGAGCCACGGGCAAGACUACCUUGUUGGGAACAGGCUGAGCAGGGCUGAUGUUCACGUGGUUGAACUUCUCUACCACAUCGAGGAACUGAACGACAGCAUUGUGGCCAACUUCCCCAUGCUUCAGGGCCUGAGAAUCAGAGUCAGCAACCUCCCCACAGUGAAGAAGUUUCUCCAGCCUGGCAGCCAGAGGAAGCCUUUCGAGGAUGAGAAGUUUGUAGAAGAGCUUAAGAAAAACUUCUUCUAAAUGAGACUGGACAGGACAGAGCAUAGAUUCCCUGUCUUCUGAGUGUCCCAGCAGUGAAGGGCCCAGGGUUGCUCCUAAUCCUCGCGGAGCUAACAAAGGUUGCCAACUGUUAUGUGCUGAUCUUGUCAGACGUGAGCCCUGUGAAUAGGUUUGUAACAUCAUCUAUUGGGUUUUGAACAAAUUUGAAAUCAUGAUCACAUCCCAAGAUGUCCCUUUGAAUCUAAAUAAUCAGAGAAAGAUGUUUAAACUCAGAUCUAUUAAAAAAAAAACCUUGUCAUUUAUCAGAUGUUAUAGACCUUGUCAAAAAAUUAAGCAGAUUUUUAUUUUCAUCUGAUGCUUUGGCCUAUGCAAAAAUUCUCUUUCCUGAUGUGUUUUCAUGACUUUCUGUGUAACAACACAUUUUUUUUUAAAGAACCCUGUUUCUUCAAGUAAUACUUUUCUCAUUGACUUAUGUAUUUGCACGCUUACGUCCAGUGUCAAGUAUCCGUUGCUCCUGGAGCUGGGUAAAUGAUGAAUGAGGCAGAGAAAGUGUCAGUUCCAUGAAGCUUGCUGCAGCAAGAGAAAUGACAAAAGAGGAUGAUUCAAAUUCAACCAGGCUUUUCCCAAGAAUCGCAUGGCCAAGACUGCUCCUAGAAUAUAGCACAGCCUUUGCGCCUGGUGAUAAUAAAAACCUACUCUCUCAAAAUUCCGAAAGGUGUGCAUUUGGAAUCAGUUCUGUUGUGCUUCAGGCUUUAGCUGAUGGUGUCAGGGAAGGAUUCUAGCUUGUUCCUACUAUUUGUCAGUGGCUAUGGUUUGAUACAUGUUCGAGUGUCCUUGGGUUGAUACACUACCCUAAACUCGCCUUCAUGAUUACAUGGUAUUUAACUUAUGUGUGUGUCUGUGUGUACACAUUUCCCCUUUCAUGUAAGGAUACCAGUAAUCAUAUUUGGGAACACCUACAGGUAUGACCUCAGCUGUAGGGAUCUUCUUUCCAGAUGAUAUCACUUUGACAGGUGUCAUGAGUAAAAAAAAAAAUCUAUUUAGGAGAGAGAGUUGAGCCAACAGCUCCAUACUAGGGAUGAGUUAAUCCUGGGUGGGACAUCAAAGGGGCACCUCUGGGGAUUCUAUCUACUGAUUCUUAACACACUGUGCUAAGCUUUAGUGACUUAAGCAAUGAACAUUUGCUCCCUCCUACAGCUUCUUAAAAAAUGUAGCACCUAAGAGACAGGAACCAGUGUCUCUAAGAUUUCAGAAGCUAGUGACCGCUUGAGGAUAUCACCAAGAGUGAGGCAGGAAGAUGGAAUAAGAGUAGGGAAAUGGAGUAAGGCUAGCCGAAGACUCUGAGGAGAGGGGGACAGUGAGGUGGGGCAACCAUGGCAGCAUGUUGUCAACAGAGGAACUUGAAGUGUGAGCCUUGAAUUGGAGCAUGGAAGCCAGUGGCGACCUGAAGGUGUUCGGU